GGCGUCGGGUGCAGACCAGAGGGUACCACAGGACACUGCGGAACGCGCUGCUGCUGCUGCUGCUGCUGCUGGACCUCAACAAGCCGCCACCGAGGCGCGCGUUCCCGAGCUGCUCCGACGUCAAGCAGCAAGUUCCGAGUCGACCACGCGCAUUCCGCGUCAUUGUGUUCAGGCGCUGCUCGUCUCGUGAGCGCUUGGACCGUAUGAACCGGAGCGAACGGAAUAUAGAGCACCCGUUUCUUUUCUUCUGUGGUGUUUGGGGACUUUACCCGGAAAGCUACAUCCAUUUACAGCAUGCAGGGGAUUUUUUAAGGACAAACUGCACUGCUGGUGAAACGAAGGAGCGUUUUCGUCCACUAAGUGGACCGUUCUCCCCGGCUCUGGCUACGAGGAUUAGCAAGCGACAUGACAAUUACAUAAUAGCCUUCUCUGCUCAAAAACUACCACCAGCGGCAUCGGACCGGUGUUCCGCCGCGGGGGCACGGGCUGUGCAGCGCUGCCCGCACCGUCCACCCGUGAGCGUUUACCCGCAGGACUCUGAGCUCCCCGUGCGGCGUUUCCGCUUUUGAAGUCUUACGUAUCUUACGGGUUGCUGUUGCGAAUCAACACGACCGUAAACUUCGAGGCACUUGUAGCGUUGGAAUUGCGAAUCGAAUCGAAACGAAGACGACAAAGACGGCAGCCGCGUCUAAACUUCCGGUCGUGCAAAUUAAAAAAAAAAAAAAAAACGGACACACAAGAGACGGCAGCGCGUGACAGUAAACCGGCCGAGCUCCUCCCGAGGGCCGAGAGGUCACCGGGACCGGUCCUCUCCCCUUCUCUCCUCCCCCUACUUAUCCCCCAGUCCGUUAUGACGAUGUGAACUCUUCCCUCCCUCUUUUUCGCUUCCCCGUCGGGACGCUUUGAUCUUUUUUUUGUUUUUUUUGUUUGUUGGUUCGCUCCCCCCUCCAUUCCCUCCUCUCCCUUCACGCGCAACCACAAUUUGGUACAACGAGAUCAAAGGGCGACAUUCGCCUCUCGGGGGAUGUACGAAAGCGUGGAUGUUGUGGGUUUUAGCCCCAACCCGAGCAGCCCCAAUCCGGGCUCCUUCCUGAGCAUGGACUACUACCACCGACCCCCGGGGCUCGGGCCGGAGAAGGGCCUGCUGUCCGGCGGGGGAGGGCUCCAGCGCCCGUUCGGAGGGUCCCUGGUGAGCGGCAGGCACUGGAGUGGAUCCAGUCACUCCAUCGAGACGGAGAGCACGAGUUCGGGGGAGGACCUGCUCGUCCCCAGCCCCGCCUCGCCCCCGCCUCCGCCCCGCAUCUACAAGCCCUGCUUCGUGUGUCAGGACAAGUCUUCGGGAUACCACUACGGAGUCAGCGCCUGCGAGGGCUGCAAGGGUUUCUUUCGGAGGAGCAUCCAGAAGAACAUGGUGUACACGUGUCACCGAGACAAAGUGUGUGUGAUCAACAAGGUGACGAGGAACCGGUGCCAGUCCUGCCGGCUGCAGAAGUGCCUCGAGGUCGGCAUGUCCAAAGAGCUGGUGCGAAACGACCGCAUGAAGAAGAAGAAGGAGGACAAGAGGCAGGGGGAGACGGAGGUCUACGUCCUGUCGGCGGACACGGAGCAGAUGAUUGAAGGAGUCCGCCGGGCUCACCAGGCAACCUUUCCCUCCCUCUGUCAGCUGGGAAAAUACACCACGAGCGACAGCUCGGAGCGCCGCGUCGCCCUGGACGUCAGUCUCUGGGACAAGUUCAGCGAGUUGUCCACCAAGUGCAUCAUCAAGACGGUGGAGUUCGCCAAGCAGCUCCCCGGCUUCACGACGCUGACCAUCGCCGACCAGAUCACCCUGCUCAAAGCCGCCUGCCUCGACAUACUGAUUCUGCGGAUCUGCACCCGCUACACCCCAGACAAGGACACCAUGACCUUCUCCGACGGCCUGACCCUCAACCGCACCCAGAUGCACAACGCCGGGUUCGGGCCUCUCACGGACCUGGUGUUCUCCUUCGCCAACCAGCUGCUGCCGCUGGAGAUGGACGACGCGGAGACAGGGCUGCUCAGCGCCAUCUGCCUGCUGUGUGGAGACCGUCAGGAUCUGGAGGAGUCGGACAAGGUGGAUGUUCUCCAGGAGCCGAUGCUUGAAGCCCUGAAGAUCUACGUGAGGAGGAGGAGGCCCGAAAAACCCUGCAUGUUUCCCAAGAUACUGAUGAAGAUUACUGACCUCAGGAGUAUCAGUGUGAAGGGAGCGGAGCGAGUGAUCACGCUGAAAAUGGAAAUACCCGGCUCAAUGCCUCCUCUCAUCCAGGAAAUGCUGGAGAACUCUGAGGGGCUGGAGGGCCAUGGGGCCGGGGGGGGGAAAGGAGGAGAGAAAGGUGGCACCGGGGGCGCACAAGAGGACGACGCGGCGCUCGGAAGCCGCGAUCACGGUCCGUCGCCGGAGUCUGCUUCCCCCCCCUCCACCUGAAGCCCCACGCCCACAGUAGACCGGGACGGGCGGGGGACCGAAGCAGCUCACAAGCUGCUGAGCUUCAAUGAGCUGAUGAACUUCAGACACGUUUUUAUUCAUUCAGACAGGACAGCAUUUCCUAAAGGUGGAAACCAGGGGACCCUAAAGCAAGGACCGCAGAGGGACUGAGACCAGCCGCUCCCAAUCACUGUGUAGCAUCACUGCGUCUCUCAUUCAUAUAUAUAUAUAUAUAUAUAUAUAUAUAUAUAUGUGUAUAUAUAUGCAAAUAAAAAAGAAAUGAUGGCAGGGAGAAGGACUAAUGCAAGAAGUUAUUUUCCUAAAUGCACAUGUGUAUAUACUGUAUACUGUCCUUCCUUCACCAUCACCCCCCUCACAGACACAUCAUGGAAUGGUAGCGACGCCUUGACUUUCUAGUAAAUGCGUCACCCCCGCCCCCCCCCCAUCACCGCGAUGUGAUCCGUGUUGAGGUUCCGUAGCGAUGGAGGCCCGCUGGCCGGCCCGCCGGAGAUGACCGCUGUGGUCGCAGCCGAUGAGCGCUGCAGGAUUUCAGGUGAUUCAAGGGGAUUCAAGGGGAUUCAAGGUGACAUUGGAGCGGGUGUGCAUUUUCAUUUGUCCACACUGUCGGGGUCGGUUCACUCGGUGCGCUUUGUGUGGCCACAGCAUCUGUCACUCAACCACUUCCUUCAGGUACAGACUGUUUACAGUGUUGUCCUUUGUUGUACGG